AUGUGUGCUUUUGUAUCACUGUGGUGGACUUUCGGCAGCGGCACCAAACUGGAUGUUGGCAGCGUCACUCGUCCUAAAGUGAGCGUCCUGCCGCCCUCCAGUGCAGAGAUCUCCUCAAAGAAGACAGCGACACUGGUGUGUGUGGCCAGCAAGGGCUUCCCGUCAGACUGGAGCCUGAGCUGGAAGGUGGACGGGAGCAGCAGGUCUCAGGAGAGCAGCGCUGGGCUCCUGGAGAAGGACGGUCUGUACAGCUGGAGCAGCAGCCUGACUCUCUCUGAGCAGGAGUGGAUGGAGAGCGUCUCAGUGAGCUGUGAGGCCACACGGAGCGGUCAGCCUGCGCUCACUGGACACGUGACGAGACAGCAGUGUUCAGAGUAG